CUGAAAACUGGAUUUGUAUAUGACACUGUCAUGUCCUAUCAUGCGACACCAGAUCCAAUCGAAAUACAUCCAGAAGACCCUAGAAGGAUCUUCAAGAUUUAUUCAAUUAUGGAAAAACAUGGUCUAUUAGCAGAAUGUAAACGAAUUAAAAGUAGAAAGGCGACCAAGGAAGAGAUUAUUGCGAUCCAUAGCAUUACACAUUAUAGAAAGAUGAGAGCGACAACAAGUAAAUCACAGUAUAUUGACCUCGAACACGUUUAUGAUUCUGUAUAUCUUAAUAGCAGCUCCUUUGAGUCUGCUUUAUAUGCAGCUGGGAGCUUAAUUGAACUACUGGAAGCCCUUGUGAAAGAUGAAAUUCGAAAUGCAUUCGCCAUCAUACGUCCUCCAGGGCACCACGCUGAACAUGACGCUCCCAUGGGCUUUUGUCUUUUUAACAAUGUAGCUGUUGCUAUCCAUCACUGUAUGAAAAAAUUGGAUGUCAAGAAGACGGUCAUUGUGGAUUGGGAUGUGCACUUUGGCAAUGGAACUCAAAACAUAUUUUCAAAAGAUCCUAAUGUGCUGUAUAUAUCCCUGCAUAGAUACGAAGAUAAAACCUUUUAUCCAUCCAGCAGAAAAGGUGCGGCGGACUAUACUGGGCAUGGCAAGGGCAAGGGCACAACUGUAAACAUCCCAUGGCCCUGUAGUGGUAUGACGGAUGCAGAUUAUCUUUAUGCUUUUCGGGAAAUCGUUAUACCUAUUUCUAUGGAAUUUAAUCCUGAUUUACUAGUUGUUUCUGCUGGCUUUGAUGCAGCCAUAGAUGACCCUAUUGGGCAAUGUAAGGUGACUCCGGUUGGAUAUGCACAUAUGGUACACAUGUUAAAAUCUGUUAAUAAUGGCAAAAUGGCGAUUGCUCUUGAAGGCGGAUACAACCUUAAUUCUACAGCUAUGUCUGCUUUGGCAUGUAUGAAUGUCUUACUGGGUGAUGCCCCUCCACCUAUCACGAGCAACCUUACUCCCAAGAAAGAAUGCAUAGAGACGAUUGAGCAAGUCAGAGAAAUACAAAAGGAAUUUUGGACAUGCUUGUAG